UUCUCGCGAAAGAUUAUAGGGUUCUUAUUGGAUUUGUUGCUCCUAGGUCAGCUGGAUCGAUUUCCCGGUUCCUCGAGCUGGAUGACGCAUCACAAUGGAUAAUGCGAUAGCGCAGGUACGAGAAGGGAUAGCGCUGCAGCGAAUUCGGCUCGUAGAGUAGAGGAAUUUAGGGAAUGGCGUGGGCCGUGAGGAAAUCAGGGGUUCGUAGCUUGAAUAAGAUCUAUGCGAAUUGGGAGAAUGCGAGAGGAUUUCAACCGCUUGGUGAGUUGAGGAACAGAUUAGAGAAUGGAAGCUCGAGGAACUACUACAGGACGAACUCCUCGAAUCAACUCGUAGUCCAGCCAUCGUACAAUGGGAAAAGAGCGUUUCUUGUGGACACACUCCAAUUGGUAAGGCGGCUUGAGAAGCAGGGUCUAACCGAUAAUCAAGCUGAAGCUAUCACCGCUGUGAUCACCGAAGUGCUCAAUGAUAGCUUGGAGAAUGUUGCUCAGUCCUUCGUUUCCAAGCCAGAGAUGCAGCGUAAAGAGUUGAUGCAAGAGGCAGUCCUUUCGAAGUUGAGAGCAGAGAUCGUCAGCCAGCUCGAGCAUCAUGUGUCUACCUCACAGCGGGAAUCAGAACGACUACGGACAGAUCUUGACAAGCUGAAAAGCGAGUUGAAAUACGAGAUCGACAAGGUUACAGCAGGCCAGCGCCUUGAUCUCAACCUUGAAAAGGGGCGCAUCAGGGAUGUCCUCGCGAAUCAAAGCACCGAGACAGCGAAUCUGACAAACAAGCUGGAUAGUGAGAUCCACACUCUCAAGACCCAGCUGGAAGUUGCCAAGUAUGAUGUGAUCAAGUACUGCAUUGGUUCCAUCGUCUCCGUAACCGCGGUUGGCCUUGGUCUACUACGUAUCAUGAUGUGAAGAAAAGAAAACGUCCAAGAGUUCGUGAAUAAAAAAAAACUAAAAAAAAAAUCAAAGAGAAACGAAGAACAUAGAAGAUGGUGAUCACGUCGCAUUCUUUUUUAAUCUUUGCCUUGAAGCGAAACAAUAGUGGAAGGAUCGCUCACUGCCCAAGGUUGGAGCUUGCAUUGUAUUCAAGCCAUUUGGACAUGGCACACAAGGAAGGAUCCUAUUAAGCGUAGUUUGGUGGAAAGAGGGAAGAAGCCAUUAAAAAAUUCCUUGUUGUCCGUUGGAUGAAUUAAAUAAAGAAAGGUGAGAAAGAUGGUAGCU